AUGGACGAGUUUGCGCAGACCCGCGGCGCGGACGACUUGUUCGACGAUGAAAUCAUUCCAGUUUCAGCAGAAGAACAGCAUGUUCAAAAUGAAGUUGUAGCUCCUGAACCAGAACUGAAAUCUGCUCCCAAAGAGGAAACUCCAGUGAUUGAGAAGCAACCUUCUCCGCGUGGGGACACACCGCAACGGGGCCGAGGCGGAGAGCGAGGCCGUGCUCGUGGUUCUGGUCGGGGACGCGGCCAGGGAAAGCCGCGCGGUGGGUUGCAGGACUCUAGGUUCGCUGACCCUAAGCUCGCUCCGACCCCUCGGCGAAAGGGCCCUACGAAGACGGCAGAGCCCGCGGCGACUACAGAGGCGAAAGCUUCAUUACCGGAGAAGCCUCAAGAGGCAGCCAAAGAAGAGAUUGGGGAGGAAGAAGAGAACAAUACCACCGAGGCACCGCGGGUACCGGCUGUUCGCGGAGACCGAAGUGCAACCGGGGGUGUGAGAAAGCCUAAACUUACCGAAGAACAACUUAGCAAAAAGAUUGCCGCUGCCAAAGAGCUCGCUACGAAAAAGGCCGCAGCCCAUGCUCGAGCCGAGGCCGAUCAUGCUGCUUUCCAAGAGCGAGAGCAGGUGGCAGCCAAAAAGCGACGUGAGGAACAAGCAAAUCGCCGUUUAAUGGACAAUGAGCGUGAGCAGAACCGUCAGCGGAAAUUGAAGGCUCAAACCGGUCGCGAAUGGGACUCCGAAAAACGUGAAGAGGACUAUAACCCCCGCGGUGGUGGUAGCCAAUUUCGACGAGGCAUGCACGGUGGAGUAUCUGCUGAAUAUACCCGGAACAACUUCAAUCAAGGCGCAGCCGAUGAUGAUGCUGGGGCUAACGGGACACCUGGUCGAGGACGCGGCCGUGGUGGUCGUGGCCGCGGCCCCUCGCGCGGGCCACGGGGUGAACGUGCAUCCUCUAAGGAACCAUCCAACAAGGCAGACAAAAAAGCGGCUCUUGGAGUCAACAAUGAGGCUGAUUUCCCCUCGCUUCCUGCUGGAAAGAAGCCCGAAGACGCGUCAGAGUCUUUAUCUACCAAGAAACCGGUGGCACCGGCCAUCAAAGCGCCCCCGUCCAUGGAAAACCUUGAUUCUACCUUCUCCCCACUCACUGGCACCUGGGCCGACUCUUUGGACGAAUAG